GCCUUUCAAAUUCUAAUCCUUUUAUCUAUUUUCACCAUAGUAGGUUUUGAAGAAAUUAUUUGAUUUUUAUCAAAUAUGUUGCUGAAGGUAGGAAGAUAAUACAGUAAGACCAGUAUUGGUUUAUACAAGUUUUCAAGUAGGCUUAUGUUCUGUGAUCUUUGCUAUGUUUGUAAAAAUCUGGUAUAUGGGUAGAGAAAAAUGUUUUGAAAGAACAGUAAAAUGACUCAUUAUAGUAAUUUAAUAUCCUGAUGUGGAAAAGGCCAUUUUGCCCUAUUAUAGGGAUGUUGUCAGUGGAAUCUGAGAACUCUUCAGUGAAGUAGUGUGAUAAAAAUACAGACAAUCUUAUAAAUAUCCAAUUAUGUCUUCUAGGCCUUUGUUAAAGCUUCCCACGUCUCAAUGGACUCCUGAAUAUAACAAACCCUAUACCUUAUCAGUGGAUGUGAAGAGGGAGAUUCCUCCUGAUGCCCAAAGACACAGGAGAGCCUGAAAGGGACCCUUGUGCACCCAGGCCCACCGGGGCAGCCAGAAGGGUUCCUGCAGGAGCUGAGAUGAUUACUAGUAAAGUAGGGAGAGCAUGUUUAUUGAGUGCUGGGCAUUGUGCUAGUCAUAAUUUUGAAUCGUUACAUUAUUUCUAUGGAGAUACCUUGCAUGAAGGACUUCACAGUGUAUUUUGAAAGAAAGACCUAUGAUUUCUUUGGUAACUAAAAUUUUUGUUGUUUUUUAUAUUUACUAAUUUAAUAUUGAUGUCAUUUAAGGUCUCCUUCAACGCUUGGACACUCCAGAUACCCCUGGAGCCAAAGUCCAAGCCCCCAGAAUAGUUGGCCACAGGAGCCAAGCACCCGCAGCAGGGCUUCCACUGCGAUGCAGCGUUUCAGGCUGAAUCCAGCAGAGGUUGUGGACCUCACUGCCGACGAUGAUGAGGAUGCACAUAUCGAUGAAAUUGAGGAAGAUAUGGUUUCAGAACCUUCCUCCACUCCCCAGGUCACUGCCCAUGCAGAAAUUGUUGUUACCUUGACCGACAGUGACUAUGCAGAGACUGAUGUCACCUUGAGUGACAGUGAAGUGGAGACUGUGACAGAUGGAGAAAGCAAUCAGUUUCCUUCAACCCUUGGACACUCCAGAUACCCCUGGAGCCAAAGUCCUAGCCCCCAGACUAGUCGGCCACAGGAGCCAAGCACCUGCAGCAGGGCUUCCACUGUGAUGCAGCGCUUCAGGCCGAAUCCAGCAGAGGUUGUGGACCUCACUGCCGACGAUGAUGAGGAUGCUUUACUGUUUUGUUUUGACUGAAAACUGCCCUCCAGUAACUGAGGAAACAAACUGGAAUUGGAAACAGGCGAGGGAAAGUGGUGGCACGUAUGACUACCAGGCCUCUGAUAGUGAUGCAACUGUCCAUAGCAGCAAGAUCUCCACAGGGUCAGAGACGUCAGCUCCUCGUACAAGGAAUAGAAUGACUGGUACUUCUAUAGGAGAUGCUGCUUUGACAAGACCACGUCAUGAAGCCUCUGCCGGCCCAAACUCCUACGGAAACCCACCUGCUCAGGCUCAGUCUCCACCUGUUAUUCCUCACCCUGUGCAUGCCUCCCAUUCUAACAUGUCUUGUCAUGCACCCCCACCCCCUACUAAUUUAGACAGCACAGCUGCACCAAUCCCGCAGCAUCUUCAUGCCACAAACCAGCCAAUUCCGUAUUACAUUCCAGGCACUGCACCUCCAGGACAGAGAAUGCAUCGUCGCCAAGUUAUGCAGACGAUGGAAGAUCAAAGGAGAAUGAUGCAGCAUCCAAUGCUGGCACCUGAGCGCCCCUGACCUCACCCACAUAGGAUGCAUCCAUACAGUGGACACGGACAUCCUUUGCCUGGGACUAUGUCCUCACAUCCUCGGGGCCUGGGAAUGGAAGCUGGAGGGGCUGCAGCUGCUGAGGCACCUGGAGCAUCGCGUCCCCACUUGGACCAUCACCAUAUAUCACUUCGGCUUCACUUCGUAUUUGUACGAGUUCUUCCUUUAUUGGUAAAAUAAAAACUUUUCAAAAUGCUGAAAUAUUCUUCUUAAGAAUAUUCUUUUUCUAAAUUAUUUUAUUGUAAUUAUUCUCAACAUAUUAGUUAUAGAUGUUUUAAUAGAAUUUGAGAAUUAGUAAUUGGAAA